GGAAGCCGGUGUCGGGUGUCGGGCGACGCGCGGGGCUGGGGCGGCAGCUUUCGCAGCAGCAAAGUGCGCGGGCAGGAUCUGCCCGGCGGCCGGUGACGGAGCGAUCUGGAGCAUCGCGGCGACCAAUCGCGGCGGGCGGCGAGGCCGCUAUGCAGAGGAGCGCAGCCUCGCCCGCGCCGUGCGGACACACGUGCGCGCUUGCUCGUGCGAGCGGACACCUGCGGCCGCCAUGGCCCCGACCCUCCUCCUGCUGCUGCUCGCGGCGGCCGUGUCCGCGGCCGGGCCCGACGGUUAUCAUCACCUGGACGUUCUGAUCACUGCAACUGUUGAUGAUGAGGAGACCCAUAAGUACUUCAUGAUUGCCAAGGUGGAUGACUUUGUGUUUGCCAACUACCACAGCAACACCCAGGAGUUCAGACCCACCCAGAAGUGGGUGAAGCGGGCUUUGGGCGAUGACUAUGCGCAGGAAAAGACCCGGGAGUUUCAGGGGUAUGAUAGAGGUGCCAAAGCCCACAUAAAGAGGUGGAUGAAGCUGUAUAAUCAGACGGGCGGGCUCCAGGUCGAGCAGAUCCAUGUGGGCUGCUCGCUCAACGGUGGUGUUUUGGGGGGCCAGAAAUUCCAGUAUGCCUACAAUGGAGAGGAUUUCAUCAGCUUCGACAUCCAGCAGCAAACAUGGGUGGCGGCUGUGCCAGUGGCACAUCACCAGAAGCUGUGGUGGGACAGUGGCAAGACCUGGACCCAGUUUGUGCAGUGGUACCUGAAGGAGAAGUGUCUGCAAACCCUGAAGAGCUUGCUGCAGGAGGGAAAGGCCAACCUGGCCCAGAGGGUUUCCCCCGUGGUGUCGGUGUCCCACAGAGAUGCUCCCGAUGGCUCCUCCACCCUUUCCUGCCAUGUGAGGGGCUUUUACCCACGUCCUAUCCAUGUCUCGUGGGUGCAGGAAGGAGGGGAGAUCCUCCCAGAGACCUUCACCAGUGGGAUCCUGCCCACUGCCAAUGGCACAUUCUACCUGUGGACAACCCUGGAGCUGGCCCCCUUGUCCACCAUGCGCCGCUACGCCUGCCAAGUGGAGCACAGCAGCCUGCCGGAGCCCUCGCUCACCUGGGUCCCUAAUGAGACAGGCAUCCUGUCCCCUGGGGUCCUGGCUUCCCUCAUAGUUGGGGGCAUGAUUCUGGUUAUUGCUGUCCUGGGCUGUGCCGUCGUCUGGAGGAAAAAGUCAGCAGGCAUCGCCAAACCUGACUACAGUCCAGCGAGCACUGAGAGCUGAGAUUGUUCCAAGUUGGCCUUCUCCAGGGCCAACAACUGACAACCAGGGACCCCCCGGCUCAAGACAGCAGGACCCCAGAAAUGCCACCAUCUGUGUCCCUCUCCAGAAACCUGUCCCUGCCAGCGUGAGAGGCUGGUGUUGAAUUCCUCAGGGAAGGGGAUCUUCCUCCCUGUCUAUAUGACAAAAGCCUGGGGCCUCAGAGGCAGAUGCUCUGGUCACCUGGGGAUGGGGAAGGAAAAGCCCUGCUCACCGGCCCAAGUAGCUAGUGAUGCUUUUUAGAUUGAUUGGCUUGUGACCAUCACUGGCAGCUUCGAUUGGACCGGGCUGCUGAGGUCAGAAAGGUUAUUUAAAGGCCCGGCCCAGGAAGAAGGCAGCCAUUAGCCAUGUGGUCACCCAGGUGAAUCUGAAACUGGGAGAGGAGCUUUACCAUCUGAACCUGGCUCUCUCCUCAUCACCGCAUGCUCAAAGAGUGACCUGCCUCCAGAAGGAAACUCUAACCAUCUCUGGAUGAUGCGAGUGAGUAAGCUACUCGAGAUCAGGCUAGAUAUUUAGCUUACAGUAACUCAGAUGCAUGAUCAAAAGGCUACCUCAGCCGUACUGGUUUGCUCUAUGGGAUCCCUCUGAUAUUCCUCUGAUAUUUCCACGAUACUGCUCUACCUUUUACCCUGUUCCCGCCCUACCCCCUGUAAUCAAUAAACUUCUCCUUGUGA